AUGAUAAAUGUAGGGGAGAGAAAUAAAUGUGAACUACCAAAAGAUGAAGACAUAGAAGAUUUUUUACAAAGAGUAGAAGAUGUAAGCAAUAAAAUUAACGGAUUGAUCAAAGGGACCAUAAGUGUUGAAGAACUAGAUAAAGAAGAGAAGAAGUUAUGGUUAGAAAAAAGAAUAAAAGAAAUUAAAGAAGAAGAAAAAAAAGAAUAUGAAAAGAAAAGAUUUCUUAUGGGUAUAGAAGGAAAAGGUAAUGAAGAUAAUUAUUUAUUUUUUUGUUCUUUUUGUUUUGUUCUAUAUAAUUAUGAUUUAACUAAUUGUGUACGAUGUAAUAAAAAAGUUAUAAGCAAAGAACAAAGGAAAAAAGAUAUAAAUGAUAAACUACAAAAAUAUAAAAUAUUAAAAAAUAAAAGAAAUAUAAGAAGAAAUAGAUGGAAUACAUAUUUAAAAGAACAAGAAAAAAAUAAAAUAAAAUAUAAAAAUUCAAUCAAUUAUGAAAAAUGGAAUCAUUAUGAACCAAGUUCUGAUUCAUUUGAUGAAGAUGAAAAAAAUUUAUGUCUUCCAAGAAACAAUGAACAAUUCAAAAUAUUAGAAACUAAAUUAAAUCAAGAUCUACAAAAAAAAAAAGAUAGACAACAAGUUGCAUAUUCUAUGAAAAUUAAAGGAAAUGAAUAUUUUAAACAAAAAAAAUAUAUACAUGCUAUUGAAUGUUAUAAAAAUGGAUUAAAUUUAUGUAAAGAUUAUUUAGAUUUAUAUGUUAAUCUAGCUCUAUGCCAAAUUAAAAUAUAUCAAUAUGAAAAUGCUAUAAUUAAUUGUAAUCAAGUUAUUCAAUAUUAUGAUACAUUCAAAACAGAUCUCAAAAUUAAUCUAUCUAUUAUAUUUAAAGGUUAUGCAAGAAAAGCUCUAGCACUUUUUAAAUUAUUUCAAUUUAAAGAGUCAUCAAUAAAUUUUAAUCUAGCUUCACAAUUUAAUAAAAAUGAUCAACAGGUUAAUGAAUAUAUAAACAAAUGUAAACAUAUUUUAAAUGAUCAAAUUAAGUCAAACUAUGGUCACAACAAUGUAGAAUAUAUGUCAUAUGGUAAUCCUUCUCAUGAGAAAUUAAAGAAUUCGCAAAAGGAAAAGGAAGAAAAAAAUAUACAAAUAGUGGAAAAAAUAAAAAAUGUAGAACACAAUAAUAAUGACUCAAAAAUUUAUUUACCGCCCAAUUCAAAUAAUCAAAAAAAUUCUUUACUCUCAUACAAUUUAAAAAAUCCAGACAUAAACAAAAAAAUCAUGUUGCAAUUGUCAAAAAAGGAUAUGAAUAAAGAACCAAACCUUUUUAACAUGUAUUUAAAAGGAAUUAAAAAGAAAAUAAAAAAAGAUGAAAUAGCAAAAUUAAUAUUCUGCUCUCAUACAUAUGAUUUAGAAAAUGAUAAUGAUUCUAAUAAUCCGAAUCACUCACCAAAAAAAAGAAAAUACAUAACUAUGUUAUCUUUCUUUGUUGACAAAAUUAAUGAUAUAUUAUUUGAUAUAAAAAGAAAAUCACAAUCUUAUGAUUCCUUAUUCAAUACACAAAAUAUAAAUAAUAAAAUUUUUAAAAUAAACAAAUAUGUUAAAAAAGGUAUACAUUUAAUUAUUGAUAUCUUAAUAUUCAUACUUGAAAAUCAUUUUUAUUAUUCAGAUUUUUGCUUGAACGCUAUCACACCCAUUUUUACUUUUUACUUUUUAAGAAAUGUAAAAGUAUCAAAGUGUCUCCAUCUUUUAUAUUCUAUAAUAUCUAAUAAUAAUGAAGGAAAACAAAUUGUAUGUCAAAUGUUACAAGAUAAACAUAUCAUUUUAAAAGAACUCUUUAAUAGAAUUAAUAAUUUUAUACUACAUGAAAGAUAUACUUAUACAUAUGAAAAAAUUAAAAUAUACGAAAAUUUAAAAAGUCAUAUAUUGACAUGUACAUAUGUGAAAAAACACCUGAACGUUCAGGAAAUAAAUGAAUUAGCUAGCCAAAAGUUAGAAAUUAUGAAAGAAAAUGAGUAUAAAAAUAUGGAACAAUUGGAGAAGUGCAUAAAAGAUAAUGAGAAAAUAAAAAUUGGUAAGAAUACAAUAAAUUAUAAAAAGAUGAAGAAAAUUAAUAAUAAUGAUAUAAAAUAUGAUGAUAGUUAUAUAUUAUAUGGUGAUGAAAAAAGGAAGGAAAUAAUAAUGAAUGUUUUGAAAGAUAUUAUGUCUAUUGAUGUGAUCAAAAAGGGAGAUGAAAAUGAAAGAAUAUCAAAAAAAGAGAAAUCAAAAUUAUCAUUAUGUUAUAAUAUUAAUAAUAUAGAAAAAGAGUUAGAAAUGUAUAAAAAAAAUAAUAUAAAAAAUUUGUAUAACGAAAAAAAUGAAUGCUUGAGUUUGUUUGGAUUUUUAUCAUAUUUGAUUGUAUUUCCAAACAUUUUGAAUAUUAUUGAAAAAUAUUGUAUGAAAAAUAUGAUAAAUAUUAUAAUUUAUAUAAAUGAAAAAAUGUAUGAUUAUAAAAAUAUGGAAUGUAACUAUAUAUUAUUUUUAUUAAAUUUUGUAAGUCACAUUAGAGUACGUUCUUUUAUAUUGACAUGUUCUAUGUCAAAUAUGUUUUUUUAUAUAGAGAAGAAUGAAAAUGAUAAUAUAAUGAAAAAUAUAUUAUGCGUACUUUAUAAUUUAACUAUAACAUGGUUAAACGAAAUAGAUAACAAUCAUUUUGUUUUAUUAUAUUAUGGAGAUAUAAAAGAAAGUACUUUUCAUAAAUUAAUUGAUAGUAUGGAAUCAAAAGAUAAUUAUGUGUGUGAAUUAUCUAUGAUACUUUUAUCUAGAUUUUAUUUAUACAUGUAUUGUUUUAAUGAUAAAAUAAAAGUACAAAAAAAUGAAAAAGACAACGGAAAUAAACAAAAUGAUGUAAUAGAACAGGUGCCUUUAAUAUUUAAUCAUGAUGAUAUAGAUAUUAAACAUUUAUAUGAUAAAAAGAUAGAAAAAAAAAAAACAAAUGAAAGUUUAAUGAAUAAAUUAAAAGAAAAAAUAAAAAAAGAAUAUGAAAAAUUAUAUAUACUUGAUAAUAUAUCAUUUUUAUAUUUAAAAAGAAAUAUUAUGAAAUUUUUAUCAAUAGUAAAUAUACAAAAUGAUUUUCUAAUAAUAAAUGCAUGUAUAAAGCUUGUAUAUAAUCUAUCAAUAUAUACAAAUUUUAUCUUUAAAAAUAUAUAUGAUCUACAAAAUAAUGAUGUAAAUUACUUUAAACAAUUAAUAAGUCACAUUUCUUCUAUCCUUUUAGAUAUUAAACUGGAUGAAAAAGAAAAAACAGACAACAAAUCAGUAUAUGUAUUAAUAAAUAAUAUUAUCAUGUUUUUUAUACAAUGUUUAAAAUUUAUUUGUAUACAUAACAUGAAUGAAGAUGAAUCUAUAUAUAUCAUAAAAACUAUUCAAACCAUUAUUCCAUAUGCUAUUAAAAUUUCAAAUAGUCAUGAGAAAAAAUUAAAUAAAAAUAUUUCCAUGUUCUUAUCAUAUUGUUUUGUAAAUAAGGAUUUAAAAAAAACAAUACUAGAGAUAAACAAUAAUGAUAUAAGAAAAGUCGAAUAUUUAUUAAAAUGA